AUGACGUUCGAUCGACGCGGCCGAGCUGCGCUUCUCCACCUUCUUCCCGCAGUGACGGAACCAUGCAAUAUCCCUAUUCCAUUCUCGCGUCGCUGGAGCCCACGUAACCGGCACGAGCGGGCGCACCCCCUCCGCCCCGCCGGAACCUUGCCCAUCUCCAAACCCACACCUGGCCCGCCCCCGCCGGGCCCUUCGCAUGCCCCACGGGCCACCGUCCCGGCCCGCGCGCUCCCUCCUCUUGUGGUGGCGGUGCCGGGCUGCAGCGGGGAACGCACCCACCGGACGCGCACACGCCGCGCCACGGCAACUCGACCGCGCACUUGUCCCGACCCGCGGCGAGCUCGCGCGUCCCGUCCCGGACGACGCCCACGCCCCUCGCAAACGCCGGGCGAGAUCGGCGCGGGAGGGCGGGAGGGCGUCCGGGCCGCGCGCCGCGCUCGGGAGUCCGGUCUCUUCUUUCAAUCGUCCGUCGAUGAACGCCGAGCGCGCACUGGCGACCGUCCGUCCCCGGACGCCCCGCCGCCCUCGCGCGCGCGCGCGCACUCCCGCACGUCAGAGUGCGUGGGAUGCGCGGGCGGGGGAGGGCGCCGCCCAUUCAGCCGGCUUGGCAGGAUGUGCCAGCCGCCCUCCCGACGGUCGUCGGGACGGUGGAGCGCACCUUCUGCGUUACGAGAGUCCCCCGCGCGCGUGACCGACCGACGAAGGCGGAGAGGCGCAGGAUGCCCCGCCGACCCCGCGCGCGCGACGUUCCGCGUUCCACGUUCGCCGUCUACGUUCGGCCUUCUGACUCUGAGGGCGACGGGGCACUCGCGAGAAGGGGGGGCCGCCGCGGGACGUGAUAGAGCGCAGUCGGUCGCUGCCCGACGCUGGCGCUCCCACACGUGCGCGCGAGGGGUGUCGAGUGCGAAGGACCUCGCGAGCCCGAGGCGGGCGUGGGCGCGCGCGCGAGGAACCCGACCCGCCCUCUGGAGUCUGCGGUCGACGCGGGACCCCUCCCGGCGGGAAACCUGGCCACGGCAACGGAGGAACGGGCCCUGCGCCAAGCCCAAGGGGGCCGGCAGGCACGGCGCUAGUGAUUCGCCUUCGCGGCUUCGCGGGAGGCGCCGGUCGGGCCGCGUGCUACCAGACGUCGCGGCCGUGGGGCGCGCGGCUAGUAGGCUGGGGCCGGUGCAAUGUAGCGGAAUGCAGCGCGUCCGCUCCGGCCGCGGUAAGCCCGCGCGGUCGCGGCCGCCGGUGGGGCCUGGGGGGCGGCCUUGGAUGCGGUGUGUGGGUCGCGGGACGGCUGGGGAGGGGCGGGAGGGCGCAGCGGGCGGGGUGCUAGGCCGGAAGGAGCGAUUCGAGGCAGGACGGCUGGCGCGUUCGAACGUCCAGCGCCGCGAGCGAGCUGGGUGGCCGGCUGAGAGCCCGCGGAGGCACGGGUACGAUCGCGCCGUCGCCGGGGCCCAGCGGCCUCGACGGAUCGCGGGCUCCCACAGCGGUCGUUUGCGGGCAGCGUCGGGCGAGAAUCUCGGGCGUGACAGCGGUGGGCUCGCCGCGCGUGCUCGGCGGGUGCAUGACGUCCUCGAGCGCAGGGUGGGCCCGGCGUGUGCGACGCAUUCGCACUCGGAGCGUCGCAAACGGCUUGGUCCCCGCCGCCUUCUUCUCCUUCGUGCUCCUCCCGUUCCCCCGGUCGGGUGGACCGAUCACCCUCUCGCUUCUCCUCAUGAUCUGGGCCCCCUUCUCGUCUUCGCCAUGGACUGGGAAAGCCUGUGUGACGCCGCCUGGGGCCCCCGUGGGUCUCGUCGAAGACGCACCCGCCGCACCGGGCCCUCGCGAACGGGCCCCCUCCGCCGCCCGCUCGCCCGGCUGGAGCGCCGGUCGCGCCCGGUAAACCACACGCCGUGCUUAACGCUUCCCCAACCUGGGUAUGCCCAGCGCGGGCUAUAUGCGGACCGCGCCCGCAGAGCCCCCCGUGGGCCCCGCGUUCACGUAACGGUUCCCGCUGUGCGGGACGGCCCCCAGCGAGCGGAGCGGCGCAAUUUGCGUGCGCUCUCAGCCAUUGAGAUGGUGAUGGGCGAUGGGCGAUGGGCGAAGGGGAGGGGGAGAGGGAGAGGGAGGGGAGGACGAGGGGACGAGGGAGGGGGACGCCCCGGCGAUGCGGGCUGGUCUCGAUGCCGCCGGGCUCCCCAGCGGGGCCCUUCUCUGUGCCCCCCCUCACACUUCGCACUUCGCACUUCUCGCCAUCGAGUGCAUCUGCGGGUGCACGCCCGUCCCGCUGGGACGUCCGCCCAGGCGAGCGGGUGCCCCAGCACGGCGGAUGCUCGGUGGCGGCGCGUGGGGGUGCCGCCGGAGAUGACACGAUGGGCGAGUACUAGGGAAGGAAGGAAGGGGGUUAACCCCACGCUGCUCCGCAGGCCCCCCACCGCUCGCCCGCACCUGCGCGCGGAGCCCCGUUCGGAAGACGUGCGACGACGUGAGAGCAUGCCUCGGGCGGACGGUUGGAGCGGCGGCGGCGCGCGCGGCGUCCAGAGCGGUUUGGAGCCGUGGCUGCAGCUGCAGCGUCCGCGUUCGCCGUCGCCGUGGCAGAGAAGAGACGCGGCGGUGGGCUGUGUUCUGAUCGCGACGGGGGCCUUGCGGGAGGGAGGGAGGCGCGUGGCCGAGCGCGGAGGAGGCGAGGGCGAAGGGAGUGUGCGCGAGCGUGCGGCGGCGGUCAGUCGAGAUUCGGUGCGAGAAGCGGGCGGAACGGGAGGGCGGAAGCGUGGACAGAGCCCCGAAUGGAUGUCGAUUUGGUUCGGGCUGCCCAAGGGCGCGGGUCGUCGGACCAUCACGGGCGGACGGGACGCGGCGUGGGACAGCAGGGCCGCGCCGGGGACCAAGUGCGUCCGUUCGAGCUGGACGCGACUGCACACGGGGUCGACAAUGGAGAGCUGCACCAAAAGAUGCGAGUAUUUUCAUUGGAAGACAAGCGUAUUACGCAAGGAAGACGCGCGAUUCAUGCAAGUCGAUUGCGCAACUGCAGGAAAGAGGAGGAUGGAGAGCACUCGGACCGGAGCAGAGGUGAAGAAAGCGAGAGGCGAUGGCGACGCGAAUGAUAACAAGGAGCAAGCGGGGGCGGGAUUGGGGCAUGUUGACGCGGCGGAGAAGAGUUGGAGAGCGAAGGGCGGACGGCGGUUGAUUGCCUUUCUCGAAGGGAGUGGACGGCUUCUUGAGAAACGAGGGCGAUGUGACCGAGACCGAGACUACGCUGGAAUGCGCGAGGAGCCUGUUGGGGGAGGUGGGGAUGGGUGUUCCUGA